AUGUCCCAUCAGUCUCCGACUACAGCGACCUCGAAGGCGGGCGGCAAGUCUGCAGCUGGUACCGUUACAGUGAAGAGCGCAGGGAGCACCGCCAAGGCUACGUUGAGCGUGGAGAAGGGGAAGGCCAACGGGAAGCAGAAGUACAGCAAGAGAUCCUCAAAUCCAAGCUCAAGUACAUCCCAAGCUCCAAAACUGGUAAUCUCGAGCACACGGUCACGGGAGACCUCACCUGUCAAAGUCAGAGCUGGAUCCUCAUCAAAUCGCGGAGACAACAGAAAGGCGAUGUCCGCGACUGAUGAUAGACCGCAGGGUGGAAGUAAAGGGUCAAAAAUCCCCAAACCAUUCCCCAUGGCGGACGAGGCAACGAACGCCGGUGAAUCAUCCAAAGCUGCUGAAAGGCGUACAGCUGCACGACCGGGGUACGCUACAAAUGGCUCAAGAAGCAGAGGCGGAACGAAAAUACAUGAUCAGAUCGCCGUUGAUACAUCUCGAGAGAACUCGCCAGAUCCCUUGGAGCAGAAUCUCUCGCGAGAACACACGAAGGGCGCUCAGGUCAAGGUGUCGGGAAAGUCGUUUCAUGACUGGACGAAUACGUCCAGCCUUUGGUUCAAAAUCGACAAGCAACGGCCACGAAGAGUGUUCUCGGGGACCCGCAGCCUACCUGCAUCAUCAAACAAGGGGAAUCCGGUAUUAGUGCCAGAUUCAAGUGCGAGCUCCGUAGAGUACGGGGGAGACAGAAGAUCGAAGAAGCCCAGACUACGAAGUCGUAAUCACUCUCCCGAGCUCGAUCCAGAUGAGGACGUCCUUACGCCUAGGGCGCGACGCACUCGCGCGCCGAUCAACGAUCAUGGUGCAACUGACUUCUUCGCGUCGAUGAAAAGCAAGACGGACGCAGAUUGGGAGAAGGAGGCGAGAGUGGUAUCCCAAGAUGCAGAAGUCAAAAAUCACAUCGGCUUGGGAUUGCAGGACCAAGAAGACGAGGAGAGCGGAGCGCUGGAUGCGGAGGACGAUCACUUCAAUGGACAAUUCACUGCGGAGGAGAUCGCAUACUGCGAGCAAUUUGUGGAACGUUCGAGGCCGUGUCGAUACUGUGGCGAACCGAUGCCAAAGGUGCUCAGUCAUGUGCUACAGGAUCUAGACGUCGAGAUGAGCUUGGCGGAAGCGAGUCUGCCAAGAGGUCGAAAGCUGUCGUGGGAGCGAUCUGUCGAGUAUUGUGGGCGCCAUGAAGCCGAGACUACAGUCAUUCCGUUAGGCAAGCGGGCUGGUUAUCCAAAUCGUAUCGACUUUGACCAAACCCGAAGAAUACUGGAACGACCAGAGCUUCGGUCUCGAUUGGAGGCAGUGUCGCAGGACCCUCUGACAUCAACAUUCUUUACCGACAUACUUCGGACGGUCAAAGCCACAGGACGCAAUAAGUGGCAGCAGAAUGAAGCAGUCUUGGCUGCUUCACUGCCAGGAUACUACGGAGAUCAUGGCCGAAAUGUCUUAUUGGAGCACUUCCUUCUCCUCCUCAAAUGGAAACUCCUACGCGUAGACCGGAGCAAGAUUCAGCCGCUGUCGGUAUCCAACUUCAUUCAGCUGGUCUUGGUGCCCGAGGCUGCUGUGCUCCUCAUCAUGGUCGACAAAGGCUGGAAGUGUGAUAUCAAUGGCGAAUCCAUCGCCAGAGAAGAGGCCAUGCAGAUUCGGGCACAGAGUUGGAGGUAUGGGCACGUGGCGUUCCCGGAAUCGGCGAGAGAAAUCACCAAGGCAGGAGAGAAGGAAUGGAUCCGCUUGUAUCAUGAAAAUCGGCAUUUGGAUACCCCGAGUCGCAGACGGAAGAAGACAAGGGUCGAGGCUUCCAUGGACAAGCCAAUGGAAGUGGUUGAGGUGUCGUCAGACACGACAGAUCCAUCUGAAUGCGAGACGGACUGGUCGUUAUCUUCGGAGUUGUCGGACGCUUCGGGCGGUGGACCUGGGCUCCAGAGUGCAGAUGAGUCAGACGACGCUCGGCCUGUCAUUCCCAGAUCGAGGGCUCGAUCAGAAAGGAUUUCGACACCGAAUGAGGGAGAAGACGAGCACGAAGAUGAUCCCGAUACAACGAUAAAAUUGUCCGCCUCACAAGCAAGCUCGCUGUUUGACUCGGACAUCGAUCCGGAGAAGUUCAUGGCUGCUGCUGCGGAGAUCGAAGGCAAAGCUCGAAUGAUAUGUCAUUCUGCUUUUGGACACUUGACUCUACCUCGACCCUAUCGGACCACUCAGGAAGACAUCAAUAGGGGUGUCACUGAUCGAUUCUAUUGCGACGCCAUGUCUGCAAACCUUCGGUAUGGCAGCUUGAUGGACGAGGAGAAGGGCAAACCUUCUGUUCCAGAAAUAGCAACCUCCGAGAUCAAGAUCAAUCGGAGGUGGGCAGGAGUCAGAGGAGUAUGCAAAAUCCUGGUGGUCGUCUUGUUCGUCGCUUUCCUUGGCCAUCGUCAUCGACACCACAUUGUCAAGCACGAAAAGUCUGGACCUAUCGAUUGGAAGCCAUGCUUUGAUGGACCUCAUGCCUUGUGCGGGACCUUUGAGGUCCCAACGGAUCAUGAUGAUCCAUCCUAUGGCAGCACAUGGCUGUCUAUGGCAAAGAUUCCACAUGAUCCCCAGAGUGGAAGUCGUCUAGGCUCAGUUUACACCAAUCCCGGUGGUCCCGGAGGAUCUGGCAGAGCAAUGUGCCUCAGAUAUGGCGAAACGAUACGAGACCUCGUUGGCGGACGUUUCGAUAUUAUCUGCUUUGAUCCCAGAGGAAUCUCCCGGACUGUUCCACACGUCAAUUGUUGGGGUCAGGCAGAGGAUCAAGCCAAAGCUCUGAGGGGUACGGUCCUUGAUUCAACGUUUGAGGUCCCUCUCGAUCUCGGGGAUCCGGCUUCUCGAGCGCUCCUCGAGUUUCAACAGAAGCAAGCUUUGGAACUCAUGGAGCUUCAAGCAACGGUUUGCAAUCAGACUAUGGGAGCGGAGGUGCUUAAAUGGAUGGGUACUACAACAUUGAUCAAGGACAUGAUGUACAUGAAGAAUGCUAUCGACGGUAAAGACGAGCCGAUCAAUUUCCACGGCGGAAGUUACGGCACUAUUGUCGCGGAUUACCUCGUGAACAUGUACCCGAACCAAGUCGGCGCCGUCAUCUCACAUGGUGUCGUAGAUGCAUCAAUAUGGUCUGGGGAGUAUUACGAGACCUUCAACUUGCUGGCCGAUCUUCUGGAGCAUGCGGAUGCUGCGUUCGAGUCCUUCAUCGAGCAAACCUUUUGUGCCGAACAGGACCCAAGUCUCCAGAGUUGUGUCAAGGACACUCUUGGGCGAAUUGAAAAACUCUGGCAAAGUCUUUAUCAAGGCAAGCAAGUCAUCGUCGAUGGUGAUAAGCGUGGUCUGCUGCCAAGUGGCGAGGCUCGAAAGGUCAUUUUCAACAGUAUUCAGUCCGCAGCUGCUUUGCCUGGCCUUAUGGCUGCUCUUCAAGCUGCCAUGGACGAAGAGCAUCCAAACCUCGUACCACUGUAUGAAAUGGCCCAAGCUUUCCGAACGCUGGAUCACGACAUUGUGAACGGGGAUGGUUACGUCUCAAUAGGACAAGGGGAUCUUGCGAGACUGGCAGUGAGCUGUGCGGAUCAGCCUGCGUACCCCACCUCUGGUAGGAAGCCUACGGCGCGGGAACUGGUCAAUAAUCUGUACGAUGGGCCAAUCAAGGCGUCAAAAUACUUUGGUGCAACUGUACAUCUCAUGGAGCAGCACGGAGGAUGUCAAUUCUGGCCGAGAAGUCCAGAACCUGUUGACAGGUUUACAGGUCCUUGGAAUGCUACUCUGAGACAGCGCAUGCUACUAGUAUCGAACGAAAACGAUCCAAUAACACCGGCCAAAUCCGGCUCUCAGGUAGCCAAGCGACAAGGCGCAUCGGCGCACCAUCUCAUUCAGCCUGGAAUAGGCCACUCCUACCUCGUCACGCCAUCGGAAUGCUAUAAACAGGUCGCGAAGCGGUACUUUGAGACCGGACAUUUGCCGGACGGAGAUGAGACAAUCUGCCAUGAGUAG